UCAGACAUUCAAUAUUAUAUCGGAGCUGUGUACAAAAUAUAAAAGCCGAGCAUAAUGGAGGAUAACGCAAUAAAUGAGCACUAUAUCCGCGUCAUGUCGGAAAUGGAAAAGGAGGAGCUGCUGAGCUUCGACGAAAUCCUCAACUUGACCAACGCCUCGCAAAAGGUGCUAACCAACACCAUCAAGGUUUUGGCCAGACAGCACUUCCAAGCGAAAUCAAAGCCGAAACUUGUAGAGAGUUUUCAAAAAUUGAGCCUCAACAGCCCGGACAAUAAGAUUGUAGACAUGGAAGAAGACGUGGAAAUCAUAAGCUUCGAGGACCUGGUGAUUCUCACAGGAGCCCAUCCUUUGUACCUGGAGCGCAGUCUGCACAAGAUCGCCAUACUGAGCGAAUAUAUACGCAAUGUGUAGUGGACCAUAAUGUUCUAUACAAAUAUUAAACAAAUAUUCGUUUAAAGUUGA